AUGGCCGACUUUGUAAGACGCCUCGAGAGAUUGCGCCGUAGACAGCGAGUAGAAAGGGUUAUACCCGAUCGUAUAAACCCUCUUGAGGUUUUAUCACGCUCCGAGAUUAGGCAACGCUACAGAUUCCAUCCGGAAUCUAUUGUUUUUCUAUUGGGAAUGAUUUUCAACGCGUUGGAGAGCCCGACUUUUCGUUCGUCUCCCCUUCCGCCCAUGAUAUCUCUCCUGGUUACGCUCCAGUUUUUUGCCAGUGGAGCCCAUUAUCUUGUUAUUGGAGACAUUCACGGUGUCUCCAAGUCUUCGGUGUCUCGGGCUGUUCGGAGAACCACAGCAGCAAUUUGUUCACUAAGAGACAGAUACAUCAAAUUCCCGAGGAACGACGCUGCAAGAGCAAUCCACAAAGAAUUUUACAACAUAGCAAGUAAGUAUCGGACGAAGCGAUAUGAUUGGUUUCCAAUGUAA